CCGGGCCGGGAGAGGGCGGCCCCGGCGCCGGUGUCUUCCUGCGGGAGGAGGAAGCCGGCCUCCCCUCCGCCAUGGAGCUGCCGCCGAGCCACCACCGCGCCGACCGGGCGGCGGCGCUGGCCGCCGGCUACGCCUGCUACCGCCGGGGCAGCCCCGGCCGCGGCCUGCGGCUGCGGACCGUCCGCCGCGCCGGCAGGAGGGACAUCGAUGGUGUUGGGCCCAAGUACCAUCUGGAUUUGGUGUUAGAAGACAUCGUUGACGAAGACAGUACUGUUAACUGCACUGCUGAGGUUCUUUACCAUCUGGGCAACAAAAACAUUGCUCCAGAUGUGCAAUUCACAAUUGAAGGAGAACUUAAGAACACAGAUGAAGCAGAUAACAUAUUCUACAGUCAAAUCAAGAGCCUGGAAAAAGAGCUUGUGGCAGAAAACAUACCAGACAGCCACGGCCACGUGUCCCCAGAAAUGGAGCCCAUCCGCCUGCUAGCGUGGGUUGCCUCUGGCUAUGUGAUGUGGCAGAACUCAACUGAAAACACUAAGUUCCAGUUUGCCCAAAUUAAACGUGUGAAGCAAGUGAAAAGAAGUGAUGAAUAUCUUGAAUUUGACUACAUGAUUCUACUUCACGAAAUGGUGUCCCAGGAGAUCAUUCCCUGGCAAAUGACAGUUCUCUGGCACCCACAGCAUGGCGUUAAAGUAACACAGGACAGCCGUCAGCCAAAACAUGCAUCGGAAUAACGGACCACCUCAUACCGCAGGGGAAGAAGCUCAAAUGCUACAAUAAGCAUUUGAAGGGAGGGCAGAUAAGUUGACGAGGGUGGGUAUGCAAUCAAGGUACGAAGAAAAAAAGUCCUUCCUCAAUUAAACUUUUCCUGUACAUUGUGCUUUAAUCUGAUAAUCCAAAAGGCACUUUCUCUGCUACGUAAUCAAAUUCUGCAUCAAAAUAAAUUAAAAAACCUCUGUUGCCAGAAAGAAUACUUACGACACAGGUGCGGAGAUGUUCUCCCUGAAGGCAACUUUUGGCUUUCCCAUGGUGCAAGGGCAACCGUAUUCUCUUUCCAUUCGCUGCAGAAAAAAAAGCAGAAUGAAAUACAGAGUUGUUCCAUUGGAACAAUACAUUGGAAAUUAUUUUAUUUACAGAUCUUUCUGAAAUGAGAAACUUAAUCAGGGUUAACCAUUUUUUUGGUCUGGGGUUGGAUUGAUUUUUGGGGUCUUGGUGGGUUUUUUUUUUUUUUCAAUGUUACGAAUUAUUCACUGUCAUUCUGCAGUCAUCCUUGUUCAGGGGCUAUAGCUUUAGAUACAGGAAAAGGGAACAGCAUUAAUUAUUUUACUCAAAUUUAAGUUUUCCAAGACAAAAGCUAUCUUUUCUUCAUUCUGUCAACAAUUCAGAUACAUCUAUUGUGUUAGACUCAAAUAAAGUAUAGACAUCGACUUGAAAGAAACAAAUAAAUCACUAAGUAACUAUUC